UUCACCACACUCGUAAGAUAUGAGGUAGUACAUAUAAAUACAUUGACAGUUUUGAUUCAAAAUGGAUAAUAUCUCGGACAGAAUGAAUACCUUCGACAACUGGCAGUACACAGCAUCGCCAUCUAAAUUGGCAGAAGCGGGGUUCUUUUCUAUAGGUUACCACGACAUUGUGAAGUGUUAUUCAUGCGGCACCUCUCUUCGUUACCUGACUGAGGAUGAUGACCCAUGGGCAGUGCAUGAACAAGUGUCGAAUCUCUGUCCUUUCCUGACAAGUAAAGCUGAUUCGUCAUCAGCGGCAAGGACGUCUCCAAGAUAUGUUGAAAAAGCACCCUCAGAGAUGUCCAUGUCGGAACUAGAAGAGGACAACCGGCGACGACGGGCAAUGUUGGAGUGCAGGGUCUGUAGAGAGAGGCCGGCCUGCAUGUUGCUGAUACCCUGUGGCCAUAGGGCGACCUGUUGGGAUUGUGCACAGAACACAAACACGUGCCCGGACUGUGAAAGAGAUGUCACAAAGACUGUGAAGACUUACAUUGCAUGAUGAUGCAUUGUCUGACUGUCUUACAAAUAUCUAGUGCACUUUCUUUUCAGAUUUGACUUGAAUGAAUGACUGUGAAUUUUGUUGAUCAGUUGUGUUUGUAUUUCCCUGUGCCUUUCAUAUCAUUUGGAGAAAUAAAAAAUAUAUGUCGUUUUUCGAAGCGCAGAACGUAUAAGUUAGUAUGCCACUUUUGCUUUUCAAUCGGUCGACGACCUGUCGGCAACAAGAUAUAAUGAUGUGUUAAUGAUUUGUUUCAAUAGAAGUUUACUAUGUUAAUGAUACAUUAUGAAAAUGUCAA